ACCGGCUAGUCCUACUCUCAUAUACUAUACAUGAAUUCUCCAGGCGACUAAAUGUGGCCAUGUGAUGGUUGAGUGAGCAUUUACCAACUCUGAUCUUGCGCUAGCAGUAUUUCACCUUCAACAGCGUACGUAACGAUGGUUGCUUUUGCGUCUAACCCCACUGGGGUCCAAGCCAGGACCAUGAUCCAGUUCGAUUACACUUCCUAACAACCAGGAUUUUGUGGAAGUUUGUCACUGUCCGAUCACUGAAACAUGAUGGCAUCAUGGGAAUGUCGGAAGAUGUUAAGAGAUACGUUAGUAACCAUCUCAAAAACGAUGCCUCUGAAUUUGCUGCAUAUAUCGAAGAUAUUGCUACCAACAGGGCAGUUCAACCUCCGUUAGGACAGGCCACCCCCCUGGGCGCUUUUACGUGGGCACGCGCAUUGCAACUGGUUAUUCUGCAGAAGACGAGCAUGAUAUUAAAGCAGACAUGGGGCCCAUCUUCAAAUACGAGGUCAUUGGGGGGAGUAUUUGAUAAAGAACUGGACAGUACGAUUGAUACCCAGGAGGAAGAACCAGACGACACGACAGAUAUCCAGGAGGAAGAACUUGACAGUACGACUGAUACCCAGGAGGAUAUCGAGAUGGAUGACAGUGACCCGUCUGAAGUGACCAACAUCGAGGAGUAUGACCUUGGAACCUUGAUGGAAGAGACGAUGACCAAUUUUUCCGACGGGUCCUUGAUACUUCCGGAUAGAACGUCCUAUAGGGAGGGAGUAGACAUCGUCAAGGUUUCACUCAUGGCCUUGCUCUCGGCAUUGACGCUUACUUGCGAGCGUGCCAGGCUCAACUGGGACGUCAAGAAGAAGAGAUUGGAUUGCAACCUAGGACACGCCAAGAUACGAAGUAUUAACGAUGGGUGUUUGAGGGACCGAAAAACUGGGAAUGUGCUCGCCGUAGUGGAAGCAAACCCCUUCCUGCUUUUUGCGAACCCAGAGCAAACCCUGAUGCAGAUGGGCUUGGAGAUGCUGGCUCAUAUCGUGGAUUGCGUUCAAAAUGGACGCCCAAAAAAAAGGUAUCUCCUAUUCUCAGAACAUUUGAAUGAAAUUUACCUCACAUGGGCGCUUUUCACUAUAUCACUGGCCAGAAUGGAGCAGACGCGAGGACGCGCGAAUUUCUUGAGUUGA